UUGGACGACGUCCCGACGCUAAAACAGUUAGUACCGAACUCACCAGUCGCCGCUCACGACUCGCAAACUAAACACUUAGCACGAACGAGACAUAGAAAAAAGCCAAAAUGUUUAAGAAUCACCUCGAGAUGAUUGGUCGAAAUGAAACGGCCUCGAAGAAAGCCAAGUUCUGGCAAUCCUUCGUAAGGUCCCUUAAAGGAUCUGAUGAUAUCAGAGCUAACGAUAGCUACUCUAGGAGCCCAAAGGGCAUCUACAGGCCAAUCUCUGACUACCCAGAGUUUGGAUCCACGUGGCCGUACGGCAAAUCCAUCUACGACGACCCAAUCCACGCCGCCGAACGCAUCAAUGUACCUGGAUACAGAUACGAUCCUCUUCAUCGUAACACCUAUGGAUACACUCCACGUGAUAUCUAUCCUCAUAACUACGGUUCCCUCGAUAGGUACAGACCCGUGUUCCACGUUUCCAAGAGCAAACCAUUCGACGCCGAUCAAGCUUGGAGGGAUCACAUCGAUCGCGUCUUGAAGAGAGAACCAAGCCACUACCACACCACCUAUCCAUUCAGCCGUUAUCCACUCUAUUUGGUUUAUAGCAAGAGACCUCAGCUUCCGAAACCAGAGUACAACCCUCACCAGGACUGGCUCAACUCUUUGGACCGUCUGAACUUGAUCGACAGACUCAACCACUACUGGCCAAGAUCUCUUUCGCCUACUCCAAUCAAGGCUGGUGAAUGGGGACCUCGUCCAUCUGAAGUUGGAUACAACUAUGCCGGACAACCAAUCUUCUCCCUUGGUGGUUUCCGCCCAAGUAAGAGCAUAUUUGACGAUCUUAUCAACCCUUCUCCCUACCUUCCCAUGUCUUCUAUCGCUCGCGAUCCUUGGUGGCAUUUCUGGCCGUCUCUACGUCCAUACCGCCCUUACAGCAGCUGGGGCAGGUCACCUUUCUGGCUGAGGGACUCUUAUCUCUCCCCAGUCAAGAGGACUUACCUCUGGGACAAGCACCCCAUCAGACCAUUCUCUGCCGUCUAUUAAAUGGCAAUGGAUUCAACAACAUGCGGCCUGACUGGU